UCCGCUGUGCCACACCUGCUUUCUAGCUAAUAUAAAUUGUGCAUCACAGCUUUUCAUCGGAAAUACCGGUUCAUCCGAACUGGUAGCAUUUUUUAAAAAUUUUCCUCCCGUCCCUUUUAGGUCUUAGGUCUUAUUUUCCUCCGGUCCCCCCCUUUUUUUGCACCAGUUUUAGUGUCAUUAAAUCUUUUUUAAAUUGAGAUGCCCCAAGCAAGAUGCAGAGGUAUUGAAGCAAAAUCUAACCAAUAAAAAAUAAUUAUUACUUUCAUUAUUACCUUCCAAAAUUUGGAAAUGUACUUAUUAUGCAUGUAUUUAUUUGUUUUGAGUUAAUAUCUUCUUUCUUUUAUAGGGCAUUCAAGGCACUUUACUAUACUUCGAUUGAUACUGCCUAAAAUCCAUUUCCCUUUCUGGAACUCUAUCACAUUAACUAAUGUUCAAACUUUGAACAGCUAUAUUUCUCAAUUCUUUUUACAUAUACUGUUUCCAAAUCAAAUGCAUCAUAUGCUAUAUCUCCUCUGUGUUUUAUUUCUUUUUGCUAAUGAAGAACUUCCUUUGCAAUUAAAUUACAUUUGCUAUUUUCAAUCAAAAUCCCUUUAAAUGUAAGUGCCCAACUUUGAGACCAUUAACUGUGCCACCUCAUUUUGUAUAAUGUGCAAAUCUGAUAAAAUAUCUUUUACCAAGUUGAUCCAAACCAUUAAUGAAUAUGUUGAAGUAAUAAAAAAUGUUUAAUGCAUUAUCUUGUUCCUUGGGAGUUGUAUUUUAAGACAGUCACAAAAAGCAAUAUACAAUAUGCUUAGCGCUGUGUACAAAUCCUCUGUUUGUUGUUUAACUUAUUAUACAGUGAGUGUGCAAUUCAUAUCACAAAAAUUGUGUAUUAUUGGUACCAUAUCACAAAAAUUGUGUACUAUUGUAGACCCAGUGUGGCAGGGUUUACACAACACAUUAAGCUUAGAUGGACUGGGCAGUAUGUAAUUAAAUAUAAUUGUUUUGUUUUGGGACACAUUGACUAAAAGUAGGAUAGUUUGAUGAAUAUUUAAUCAGUCGUAUAAAUGAUUUAAUGGUGGGAAAUUGUUGAAAGGGAAUAGACAUGAAAACAAAAUCAACAGCAAGGAUACAGAAGAGCUGUCUGACACCUUAUUCUAGUGUAGGAAACAGAUGGAUGGAUAAAAAGUCAUGGUUCAUUUUCAUUUCACUCCUUUUCAUCUAAGGUCUGUCUUUCUGUGUCGGCAUUUGUGAAUUCCUUUUGUCCAUUGAUCAAUACAGUCCCCUUCUGUCUUUCUAUCUCUUGGUUAUUUUUUCUUUCUCCUGGUUGGCAUCAUUCCAUGGAAAGUUGUAUAGUUAUGCCAGCAGGGAGUUGGACCCUGAGAGUACGUCUGUUUGGGGUGAGGAGGUGGAGAAAAUUCUGUCUGUUACCAUCUCCAGACCAAUCAGACCCCUAAAUGUCUCCCCAGCACCCGCCCCUCAGCCCCUAUUGCUGACGUGUUGUCAAAAUCCCACCUCAGGGUUGAAAUAAACAGGCUCCUCAGAAUAGACAGGAGCUGCACCAAGGUUCGACCCCAACAUACCAAUAUUAGCAGGGUGCGAAGAAUGUGAGAGAAGAGAAUUUGCAAACCCAGACAGAUAUGCAUAGAUCCUCUUCACAUACAGGAGGCCUUGCGCCAUCACCGGCGUUGAGAAUGUAGAGGAAAGGAAGAAGGGAACGAGGGACGGAAGAAAAAGCUUCUUCAUGAUUAGAUCCAAAGCAGGGACCUUAUGCAUCAGAUACAAGAGAGAUGGGGGUGGAAAGUGACUCCCCCCGAAAGUAUUCUUUACAAUCUCAAACCAAUUUUUUGAAUACAGCAACAGGAUGGAGCAAAAAGAGGAAUGGAAAGCAUCAAAAGGGCAACAGAUAGACUUAUAGAUGGAGUAGUAGACCAAAAAACAGAGAGACAAAGAGGUGGUAUGAUAUUGACUUUGACAUUCAACUGAACUGGUGAGUAGAAAUUGAUUGGUGGUGGUAGAAGAUAUUGGUGGUACGCUUUCCUUGACUUCUCUCCUUGGGACUAGAAUGUUAAAAAAUUCUUCGGAGCAGCUUACCUUGGACCAUUUCCUUGUGAUGACAUCAUCAACAAACUUUUCUUCGUGGCUACUGCUAGGCAAUGGCUCCUCAUCAGAAGGAGAUGAAUCAGCGGCAGUCCUAGGAACUGUCUUGAGCCUGAUGUGUGUUACCGGGGUGGCUGGCAACCUCUAUGCCCUGGCGGUGGUGCGGGCCUCAGCCUCGGCCUCCUCUCUGCAAGUCCACCUAAUUAACCUAGCUCUGGCUGACCUUUUGUAUCUUUUGACGGCCCCCUUCAUUGUUCACAAUGGACUGGUGAAGGACUGGCCCUUCGGGGAGGCUGGCUGUCGGAUUCUGCUCAGCCUAGACCUCCUCACUAUGCAUGCCAGCAUCUUCUUGCUGACUCUCAUGAGCUGCGAGCGCUACACUGCUGUGGUGCACCCGUUCCAGGCUGCCAGCCGUGCGCGGCGAUGCAGCCGACCUCUGGCCAUUGCUGUUUGGCUCCUGUCCUUUGCUCUGGCCCUCCCCAUGAUGGUCAUGAUCCACCAGGAGGAACGUACAAUGGGGAACGGAGCUGGGGUGCGUCGCCUCUGCUCCCCCACCUGGAGUGAGGAGCAAUACAAAGUAUACCUGAGCAUCCUUUUUGGCACUAGCAUAGUGGCACCUGGGAUAGUUAUUGGGUCACUCUACUGGCGCCUGGCAAGAAGCUACUGGUUGUCACAGACCCGUGGAGGCUUGGGACGUUCCCCUAAGAACCGGGUCUUCCUCCUCAUCCUAGUGAUUGUCUUGGCAUUUUGGGCCUGUUAUUUGCCCUUUUGGAUCUGGCAACUCCUUCCCCUUUAUUGCCCCUCGGCAGCCCACCUGCCCAUCCACACGGAGAUCUCUGUAAAUCAUCUGGUGACCUGCCUGACCUAUGGGAACAGCUGCAUCAACCCUUUCCUCUACACUCUGCUCACACGCAACUACCGUGAAUACUUACGUAGUCACCAGCGAGGUGCUUCCUGGGGCUUCCUGCCAUGCCUCCAGAGCAGAAAUGGGUCUCAGAGGGAAGGGGUCACAGGCACCUGAGAUACAGGUAAGCAAGGAGGGACACUAAAGGAAAGCCAAGAUGAAUCUUACUCAUAGCUGGUAUG